AUGGCAUCUGCUCUGAAAGAGUCGGUCCCAAGAGAUAAGUGGUGGGAGUGGAGAUGGUUCUCGCCAGAUGAUACGAAGGAGGAGAGGCGUCUCAUCACGAAGAUUGACCUCCUCUUGGUACCUUACUCGGUCCUCGGCUACUGGGUCAAAUAUGUCGAUCAAUCCAAUUUGAACAAUGCCUACGUCGCCGGUAUGAAGGAGGAUCUCGGGUUCUACGGAAACGAGCUUGUUCAGCUCCAAACGCUGUUCACUCUUGGAUCAGUCUUGGGCCAGAUCCCUUUCCUUUUCAUCAUGACCUAUGUCCCAAUCCAAUAUCUCAUCCCAAUGUGCGACGUUCUGUGGGGGGUAUUCACGCUUCUACAGUAUCGCGUCCACUCUUACGCUGAACUGGCCGCUUACAGAUUUAUGGUCGGAUGGUUCGAGGCCGCAUUCUUCCCAGCAAUGCAUUACGUGUUUGGCUCAUGGUAUCGAGGCCACGAAAUUGCUCGUCGCGGCGGUAUCUUCUAUACCGGUCUUGCUGCCGGCACAUUGACAGCCGGUCUUAUCCAGGCCGGCGCAUCAAGCUCGCUUGAAGGAGUUCACGGCAUGGAAGGCUGGCGAUGGAUGUACAUCAUCUGUGCGCUUAUCACCAUCCCCGUCGGUAUUUUCGGCUUCUUCGUAAUCCCCGGUACCAUAGACCAGCCCAACAGGUGGUGCGUCAACGACAAGGACAUCGAGACCGCCCGCGAACGCCUCGAGAAACACGGCCACGUCUUGCACGGCAAGAUGAAGUUUGGCCACAUCAAGCGCACCCUGCUCGGCUUCCGCUUCUGGCUCGUCAUCACGACUGACGUCCUCUUUUGGAACGCAGGCAUCCACAAGAACACGGGCUCCUACCUGCUCUGGAUCAAGAGUCUUGGGCGGUAUAGCGCCGCACGCAUCAAUGAGCUGGGCACGAUCUCUCCCGCGCUGGGAAUCGCCUACACCCUCAUCGCCUGCUUCGCUUCGGACAUGUUCCUUGGUCCGGCCUGGUCGAUCACGAUUUGUUCGGUCCUCAACGCCAUCGGUCUCAUCUUCCUGACGAUAUGGACUGUUCCCGAGGGCGGUCUCUGGUUCGGAUUCGCGACCAUGUAUUGGUCCAACGCUCUUUCUUCUGUGUUCCAUGGAUGGGUCAACAACCUGCUGCGAGACAGCCCCGAGGAACGGAGCUUCACUUUGGUUCUUAUUAACUUGCUGUCGCAAAGCUCGACGGCAUGGACGCCCUUGCUCACAUUCCCGACAGUGGAGUCGCCGAGGUACAGGAAAGGCUUCUCGUUCUGUCUGGGAUGCGCGAUCGCGUUGAUUGUGUUCACCUGGAUCAUGCACUACUAUUUGAAAAGGGACAAGAAGCACGACACUGGGUCCACUGACGAGGAGACAAGCACCCGGUCCGAAGUUGGCGUGGCAUCUUCAGUAGAAUUGAAAGGAAAGAGCGACAUGGACGCUAGGGAAGACGAUCCGGCUGCUGUAAGGGUUAACGAGGAGACGGGCGAUGACAAGAUCACAUCGAUUUGA